AUGAGUAAUACAAAGCCAAGCACCAACAGUGAUAUAAUGAUGACAAUAGACAAAUAUAUUUAUGAUACCUUAAUAUCAAGUACCAGUAGUACAAAAACUACAAUUAAUAUACAUGAUAUAAGCGAACAAUUUAUUAUAACACCAAAUAAGGCUAAAUUAGAAUUGUACAAAUAUUAUCUCAAUACCACCACCAUUAAUAACAAUAAUCAUGGAUUAACCUUUAAUAUUAUGAAAGUUUUCACUACUAAUACCAACAAUGGGAUUAAUACUAAUAACAACUAUCAUUUCCAAUUGGUCGACGAGGGUAGUGUACUCGCUGAUGAAGACCCAUUAAAUUGUAAAGAUAUAGUUGAUGUAUUUAUAUAUUCUGUGGAGAAAAAAGGUGACGUUUCUGCCAAGAGUGUAAGAAACAUGGGUUCUUUGGAAACAGUUAGUGAUCUAUAUACAAAUGUUUUACAAAUCAAACAUGAUUUAAUGCUAUCCAAAGAGGAAAAUGAAAGCAAAGAAAAAAUAGACAAAGACACUAAAAACUCAACCUUUGUACCCAAUCCGGAUGUUAGUUCUGAGGCUAUUGGUACGGGAAACUCUACAACUACUGAUGUCGUUGAUUCCACGCCUACCGUUGCUAAGACUACAGCCAAAAAAUCUAGGUUUAUGGGUUUAAGAUCCAUUGAGAUAUUAGAAAGAAGAAGAAAAGAACAAAAAUUAAAAGAGGAAGAAAGAUUAAUUAAAGUGAAUGAAAAAAGGAACAAAGAACGGAAGAAUAUAAGUGACAAAGGCAACCAAAAUGAUGAUGAUGAUGAUGAUGAUUCUUUUAAAAAAAAGGAGGAACUGGCAAAGUUACAGAAUUUAUUUGAUGAUGAGGAAGAUAAGGACAAUGAAAUGAGAGAAAAUGCCAAGGAGGAAGAAGAAGAAUGUACAGGCGACAAAACGGGCAAGAAAAAUAAUGGUAUAAAUGGCAAAGAGUUGAAAAAAGAGGAAAAUAUACUCACCACUGAUAACAAUACUAACAAGAUGCCAUUGGAUGAGCUGGAAAUGUUAUUAGAUACAACAAAUGACGACAAUUCUUUAAUAGAAUUGAAACAAACAGAAGAUUUGCCCGAUAAAAAUAAUAAUAUUAAUAACACUUAUGUAGAUGAAGAGGGUUAUAUAGUUACUAAAAGAUCAAAAACCACACCUUUGUCUACUAGUGGUGGUAAAAAUACUGAAAGUAAUAGACCUAUAAAACGAAGGUCAGUCACACAGCCCACUAGAAAUACCAAUGUUGAUGAAGUGGAUACUACAACUGUUCAGAAGAACAAGAAGAGGAAGAAGGAAAAGAAUAGCAGUAACAAUGGUAAUAAUAUCAUGAGUUUUUUUGGGAAAAGAAAACAAAAUACUGUUAAGAAAUAA